AUGGACCGGUCGAUCAACUUCCGAGGCAUCGCCGGGAGCGCCGGCAACAUCAUGCAGGGAAUGGGGAAAUUCGUUUUCGGCAACGAGGGGAUCGAGUCCAAGGAAGAUAGCUACGUCGAGAGAUAUCUUGACCGGAUAAGCAAUGGCACGAUACCUGAUGACCGGAGGUCUGCCAUGACCGAGCUGCAGUCUCUUGUGGCAGAAAGCCGCUCGGCACAGAUGUCGUUUGGAGCAAUGGGUUUUCCUAUCCUCCUCAAUAUUUUGAAAGAAGACCGCGAGGAUGUAGAGCUUGUGAGAGGUGCCCUUGAGACCUUUGUGAGCGCAUUGACUCCUAUUGAGACGUCACAAGGGCCAAAGACUGAGGUUCAACCGGCGUCGGUGAACUCUGAUCUGCUGUCUCGAGAAACGGAGAAUAUUUCUCUUCUUUUGAGCUUAUUGUCAGAGGAAGACUUUUAUGUGAGAUACUACACAAUCCAGCUUCUAACAGCUCUACUUACAAACUCGCUGAAAAGGUUACAGGAAGCAAUUCUAUUGAUUCCUCGUGGUAUAACAGUUCUAAUGGACAUGCUUAUGGAUCGUGAGGUCAUAAGGAAUGAAGCACUGUUACUUCUUACUUAUUUGACUCGGGAUGCAGAGGAAAUUCAAAAAUUGUUGUAUUUGAGGGUGUGUUUGAGAAGAUAUUUAGCAUUAUCAGGGAGGAGGGCUAUUCUGAUGGAGAUGCUUUUGAAAGAGACAAUGGGCUUUGACCCAUUGAUAUCAAUACUAAAGAUUAGGAGAGGCAGUGCAUUUAAUUUUACCCAACAGAAGACAGUAAAUCUCCUCGGUGCUUUAAAUACUGUGGAAUUGCUUUUGAUGGGGGGCCCAUCCAGUGAAGCAGGUAAAGAUGCUAACAAGAACGCAAAUCAAACUGCAUUGGCUCAGAAAAACAUUCUGGACCAUCUUCUUUUGUUGGGUGUUGAGAGUCAGUGGGCCCCUGUCGCCCUCCGCUGUAUGGCACUGCGAUGUAUUGGCAAUUUGGUGUUAAGAAAUCCUCAGAAUCUUGAUUCUCUUGCAAGAAAGCAAGUUGGAGAAGAGCCUCAUGUUCAACCUGCACUGAAUGCUAUCUUCUCUAUAAUCUUGCGGACCUCUAUAACGCAGGAAUUUGUUGCUGCUGAUUAUGUAUUCAAGUGUUUCUGCGAGAGAAAUCCUAAUGGCCAGGCAUUAUUAGCAUCAACUAUUGCUCCACAUCCGAACCAAGGAGAUACGCAUGGACCUGCUAGUGACAUGCCUUUUGGAAGUGUACUUCUGCAAGCUCUGGUUUCAAGUGAUGUCAAUGGAGAUAUGGAGGCAUGUUGCAGAGCAUCUAGCGUUCUUUCUCACAUUAUCAAGGACAACUUGCAAAGCAAGGAUCAUGUAUUGCAAAUUCAGCUUGAGACACCUACACCGUCCUUGGGGCGAACUGAGCCGGUAUUGCAUCGUAUUGUCACAUGUUUGUCCAUUGCAGCUUCAACAGAUGGAGAAAACGACCAAAACAACCAACCAGAACCGUACAUUCAACCUGUUAUUCUUCGGCUACUCAUCAUAUGGCUUGUUGAUUGUUCAAAUGCUGUCAACUGCCUUUUGGAAUCAGCAGUGCAUCUGAACUACAUAAUAGAGCUUGCUUCAAGUAAAUGUUACACUGCUUGUGUUCGUGGACUGGCUGCUGUUGUUCUAGGUGCUUGCAUCCUGUACAAUGCUAGCCGUGAGAAGGGUCGUGAUGCCUUUGCUGUUGCAGAUGCUAUAAGUCAAAAGAUUGGCCUCACAACAUACUUUUUGAGGUUUGAUGAAUUGAGGAAAAGUUUGGCACAUCCGUUGUCAGAGCAGCAUCACCGCAAGGAGCUCUCCCGAUCAAGUGCGAAUAGCAUGUCAGAUUUCCAAGAGAUUGAAGAGGAUGAAACAAAUAAAGACGAUCAACACCCUGUCCUCUCAGAAAUAUUUGAUUCACAGUUUGUUAAUUUCCUUAGUAAGCUUGAGGCUGAUAUUAGAGAAAACAUAAUGGAUAUAUUUAGUCGGACAAAAACUGCAACUGCAGUCCUUCCUACUGAAUUGGAGCAGAAGAACGGGGAGGUCGAUGGAGAGUAUAUCAAGCGACUAAAGUCAUUUGUAGAGAAACAGUGCAAUGAGAUGCAGGACUUACUAGCUCGAAAUGCAAUGUUAGCAGAAGAGUUAGUGAGAACUGGUGGUGCCACCACAGAUACUUCACACAAACCGAGCAGUGGCCGAGAAAGGGUCCAGAUUGAAGCCCUCAGACAAGAACUGGAGGGAGCGAAACGACAGAUAGAGGCACUCAAAGAUGAGAAGUCCCAGAUUGAAGCUGAAGCUAACAACCAAAGAAACCUUUCAGUAAAACUGGAGUCUGAUCUCAAGAGCUUGUCAGAAGCUUACAACAGCAUAGAGCAGGCCAACUACCGCUUGGAUGCCGAGGUAAAAACCUUGCGGCAGGGAGGCAGUGUGCCGUAUCCUGACGUGGAAGCAAUAAAAGCGCAAGCCAAGGAAGAGGCUGAGAAGGAUAGUGAGGCGGAACUGAAUGAUCUACUCGUCUGCCUCGGCCAGGAACAAACUAAGGUUGAGAAGCUGAGCACAAGGCUGGCAGAGCUCGGUGAAGAUGUGGAUACCCUUCUGCAAGGUAUUGGCGAUGACACUGCCAUUCCGGAUGAUGACGAUGAAGAUGAAGAUGAAGAAUAG